UCUGGGUAUGUCAAAUGUCAAAACCAAAGUCAAAAUAAACAAAUAUUUUUCUUGUUGUUAUAUGAACAUUAUUGCAUUUGGUGAUUAGUUGUUUAUAUCCUCAUUUAACACAAUGUCCAAAGAUCAAUUCUGUUUUAGUUGGGUGUCGUACAAAAAUCAUAUUUCGCAAGGGUUUGCACGUUUACAACAGGAAGGCGAGUUUGUUGAUAUGACCCUAGCAGCUGACGGUCAUUUGAUAAAAGUUCAUCAAAAUAUUGUGGCACUUGCCAGCCCUUACAUAAAGGCAAUGAUAGAAUCUGCUGCAUGUCAGCAUCCAGUUGUAUUUCUAAAUAACAUAAAUCAAAAUAUACUUUCUUUCAUAUUGGAAUAUAUUUAUACUGGGGAAGUAAAGAUACCAACUGAUGCUACACCAGCUUUCAUACAAGCCUGCAAAGCAUUAUGUAUUAAUGGUAUUGAGAAUAUAGAAAUACCACAGAAACAACCAUCAGAUCCAUUGCCAUUGCAACCUCUGCCACCGAACCAGCCCACCGCACCUUUAGGUUCAGAGUUACCACCACCAUUACCAAAUUGUUUGGAUUUACCACCAGAAAGACCUACAGUACCACCAGACAAUAAUUUUGCAGCUCAUAUAACAAUUAACAGUGAAAACUACAAUGUGGAAGUCAUACCAGCUGAUAAUAAUAUUGUGCAAGAAAGUACACAGCCUUUUUACUCUCUCAGUGAUAUCAAUCUGAUGAAUUUUCCAACCUUGGAAACUUCUACUGCAAUAGAGAAUCAAAAUAAUGAACAAAUUGCUCCACUUCCUGAAAUGAACAUUGUUGAUACGGAUUUUGAAUAUGUUGAUAAUACCGUAUCUAAUGUUGAAGAGAACAAUACAGAUAUCAUAAAUAGUAAUUACUUUAACAUUGCUCCAACUGAACCGGUUGCAGUUUAUAAUUUAGACACCUGUAAUCCACCUCCAAUACUCCAUACUAAAGUUAGCCAAGAAGCUCCUGUGACUAAAGUUACCCAUGAAGCUAUUCUUGGCAAUAAAGCUCAUGGUCUACAUUACUCUAUUUCUAAACGUGGCUCAUUGCAAUUAAUAUUGAACCAGUUUAUAUACCACUGUCAUCAUCACGCAUGUGAAGGUCUUAAGCGCCGUUGGCGAUGUGUAGACUACAGGAAACUACAUUGUCCAGCAUAUAUAGAUACAAACAAUGACAUUGUAACCACCAGAUCAGAAAACCACAAUCAUGGCCAACAUAAGACUCAAAUAAUGAAAAAAUUAAAAUCUAAAUGUUUAUUUACUUCUAUAACCCAAGCUACAAAUAGAAUGAUUAUCAAACAAAUACCUAAAGAAAAACCCAAAAAGGUUGCUAGAAAUACUAAUACCUCUCUUAGAGCUAACCAAAUAAUCAAAGUUACUCUGCCUAAGACCUAAUUUAUUUUUGAAAUACAAAAUAAAAUUUAAACAUGAUUCCUAAAA